AUGAAUCCUCCGCAGAGCCCAAAGGGCAACGUCGCUGAUGUGGGAUCAUCUCAACAAAAUUUCGACCCUGGUUACCAGACUCUCAUUCUGACACUGAGCAAUGUUGGAGAAAUCAACUCUGCUGCGUUACAAAGCAGCAACCUGGCCUCCAUCACCCGUCUCAGCAUCAACAAUGCUGGCAUCACAGGAAUAGCUGAAAAUGCCUUCAGCUCAUUCCUUAACCUCAGAAAUCUCAGUUUAGGAGGCAACAUGCUGUCUCAGAUUAAUACGAACUGGUUUGCAAACCCGGCCGCCCUCCGUGAGCUCACGCUCACACACAAUCUAGUUGAAGUUGUGAACGAAUCCACAGUCAACAGACUCACAAACCUUACAAAGCUCAUUCUGAAUAAGAACAGGAUCAAACAUGUCCAUCCAAAUAGUUUCAGCUCUCAGAGCUUGUUGGCUGAGUUGGAUUUGUCCGAGAACAGGCUGUCGUGGGUCUCGCCUCAAGUCUUCAGGUCACUCAGAUCUCUCAGGUCCAUCGGACUUGAUAGGAACCCCUGGAACUGUUCCUGUGAUCACAAGGACUUUGUGGACUCCAUAAAGGAGCUGAAGAGCAGAUCUCAGCUGGAAAGACCGAUGGAUGUGACCUGCGAGACUCCUCCACCUCUGAAGGGUCAACCUGUGUGGAAUGUAUCCGUGUGUCCAGUGCUACCUCCAUCCGUGAUGUCCACUUACCCAACAACAGACCCCACAUCCACUGGAACUUUUGAGGCAUCCUCUCUCUCAGGUACAGAGACAUCCGUCCACCCCAAACCCACCAACACACCUGUAACGCCCUCUAAAACUACAGGACCUCCUGGUGGGUUUGAGUCCCCUCAUAUCCUUGAUAUUUAA